AGUCUCUGCGGACUCACCAGGACUCACAGACUCCCCAGACCUGGAGGAUGCCAGUCAUGGGGUCCCCAGCCCUCCUGCUGCUGCUCUGUGGGGCCCUGGCCUUGACCCAGACCUGGGCGGGCCCCCACUCCCUGAGGUAUUUCUACACCAUCGUGUCCCGGCCCGGACGCGGGGAGCCCCGCUUCUUCGCCGUUGGCUACGUGGACGACACGCAGUUCGUGCGGUUCGACAGCGACGCGGCGAGUCCGAGGGCGGAGCCGCGGGCGCCAUGGAUGCAGCAGCCUUGGGUGGAGCGGGAGGACUCGGGGUAUUGGGACCGGGAGACGCAGAACUUAAAGGGCCACGCACAGACUUUCCGAGUGGGACUGAAGAUCCUGCGCGGCUACUACAACCAGAGCCGGGACGGGUCUCACACCUACCAGGAGAUGUUGGGCUGUGACAUGGGACCGGACGGCCGCCUCCUCCGCGGUUAUUACCAGUCCGCUUACGACGGCACCGACUACAUCGCCCUGAACGAGGACCUGCGCUCCUGGACCGCGGCCGACACCGCAGCUCAGAUCACCCAGCGCAAGUGGGAGGAGGCCGGUGAGGCUGAGCGAUUCAGGAACAUCCUGGAGGGCAGGUGCCUGGAGUUGCUCCACAGAGUCCUGGAGAUGGGGAAGGAGGUGCUGCAGCGCGCAGACCCUCCAAAGACACACGUGACCCACCACCCCAUCUCUGACCGUGAGGUCACCCUGAGGUGCUGGGCCCUGGGCUUCUACCCUGCGGACAUCAGCCUGAGCUGGCAGCGUGAUGGGGAGGAGCAGACCCAGGACACGGAGUUUGUGGAGACCAGGCCUGCGGGGGAUGGGACCUUCCAGAAGUGGGCGGCCCUGGUGGUGCCCCGUGGAGAGGAGCAGAGAUACACGUGCCAUGUGCAG